AAGCCCCGCCCCUCGGCCGGCUCCCUGGAAGCCCCGCCCCUCGGCCGGCUCCCUGACAACGCGGGCCCGACCGCGCAGCCUGCUCCCCGCCCCUCGGCGCCCCGCACCAGGCGGGGCCGGGGCUAGAUCGCCGCCGCCGCCGCUGCUGCUGCAGCUGCAGCUGCUGCUCUGCAAAGAGGGGCCCGGGGCCGGGCUGGGGUGCCCUCCCUCCCACGUUCUCCCGCCGCUAUGAGCCAGGGAAGUCCGGGGGACUGGGCCCCCCUCUAUCCCACCCCCGGACCCCCGGCGCCCCCCAACCCCUUCGUGCAUGAGUUACACCUCUCCCGCCUCCAGAGGGUUAAGUUCUGCCUCCUGGGGGCACUGCUGGCCCCCAUCCGAGUGCUUCUGGCCUUUAUCGUCCUCUUUCUCCUCUGGCCCUUUGCCUGGCUGCAAGUAGCUGGUCUUACUGAGGAGCAGCUUCAGGAGCCGAUUACAGGAUGGAGAAAGACUGUGUGCCACAACGGGGUGCUGGGCCUCAGCCGCCUGCUCUUCUUCCUGCUCGGUUUCCUCCGGAUUCGAGUUCGGGGCCAGCGGGCCUCUCGCCUUCAAGCUCCCGUCCUGGUUGCUGCCCCUCACUCUACUUUCUUUGACCCCAUUGUUCUGCUGCCCUGUGACCUGCCCAAGGUUGUGUCUCGAGCUGAGAACCUUUCUGUUCCUGUCAUUGGAGCCCUUCUUCGCUUCAACCAAGCCAUCCUAGUAUCCAGGCAUGACCCGGCUUCUCGGCGCAGGGUGGUGGAGGAGGUCCGAAGGCGGGCUACCUCAGGAGGCAAGUGGCCCCAGGUACUAUUCUUUCCUGAGGGCACCUGUUCCAACAAGAAGGCUUUGCUUAAAUUCAAACCAGGAGCCUUCAUCGCAGGGGUGCCUGUGCAGCCUGUCCUCAUCCGCUACCCCAACAGUCUGGAUACCACCAGCUGGGCAUGGAGGGGCCCUGGAGUACUCAAAGUCCUCUGGCUCACAGCCUCUCAGCCCUGCAGCAUCGUGGAUGUGGAGUUCCUCCCUGUGUACCGCCCCAGCCCGGAGGAGAGCAGGGACCCCACCCUCUAUGCCAACAACGUCCAGAGGGUUAUGGCACAGGCCCUGGGCAUUCCAGCCACCGAGUGUGAGUUUGUAGGGAGCUUGCCGGUGAUUGUGGUGGGCCGGCUGAAGGUGGCAUUGGAGCCGCAGCUCUGGGAACUGGGAAGGGUGCUUCAGAAGGCUGGGCUGUCCCCUGGCUGUGUGGACACUGAGGCAGAGCCAGGCCGGAGUCGAAUGAUCAGCCAGGAAGAGUUUGCCAGGCAGCUACAGCUCUCUGACCCACAGAUGGUGGCUGGUGCCUUUAGCUACUUCCAGCAGGAUGCCAGGGGUUUGGUGGACUUCCGAGACGUGGCCCUUGCGUUGGCAGCUCUGGAUGGGGGCAGGAGCCUGGAGGAGCUGACUCGCCUGGCCUUUGAGCUCUUUGCCGAGGAUAAAGAGGAGCAAGCCGAGGGGCCCGGCCGCCUGCUGUACAAAGACGGCUUCAGCACCAUCCUGCACCUGCUGCUGGGCUCGCCCCACCUUGCCGCCAGGACUUUGCAUGCCGAGCUGUGCCAGGCAGGAGCCCGCCAGGGCCUCUCCCUCUGUCUACUUUCCCGUCUCGCUCUUGCCAUGCAGGUGAGUUCCAGGACUUCUCCGUUCACCACCCGCUCCAUGGGAAGCUCUUCGGCACCUACCUGCGCCCCUCCCAGGCACCAAACGCCUCCUCCCCAGCCAGCGCCCCUGCUCUGGCCAACGGGGCCGCGCAGGCCCCCAAGCAGAAGGGCGACUGAGCACCUCGACCUCUCCGGCUCGCACCCGCCCCCAGACUCAGGGCAGCGCCAGAGGCCACCCCUGGGCCUCAAGCCCGUCUCUGUCCUGCUUGACUUUUGGUUAUCGUUGUUGGUUUUUUUAAGUUGGUUUUCAUUUUUUGUUCGUUUGGUCUUAUUUUGUAAGAAACUAUUUUAUAUAUAAAUAUAUAUCUAUAUCUAUUUAAA